UGACGGUUGGGAGUCUGUCCGAGGCCCCGGCUGAAGACGGAGGCCGCCACCGCCGCCAAGAUGUCGGUCCCGAGCGCCCUGAUGAAGCAGCCGCCCAUACAGUCCACGGCAGGAGCCGUCCCGGUCCGCAAUGAGAAAGGUGAAAUUUCCAUGGAAAAGGUGAAGGUGAAGAGGUAUGUGUCGGGGAAGAGGCCGGACUACGCGCCCAUGGAAUCCUCGGAUGAGGAGGAUGAGGAGUUCCAGUUCAUCAAGAAGGCCAAAGAGCAGGAAAUCGAACCCGAGGAACAGGAGGAGGAUUCGUCCAGCGACCCCCGUCUGCGGCGCCUGCAGAACCGCAUCAGCGAGGAUGUGGAAGAGAGGUUGGCCCGGCACCGGAAGAUCGUGGAGCCGGAGGUGGUCGGAGAGAGCGACUCCGAAGUGGAGGGAGAUGCCUGGAGGUUGGAGCGGGAAGACAGCAGUGAGGAGGAAGAGGAGGAGAUUGACGACGAGGAGAUCGAGCGGCGGCGAGGGAUGAUGCGCCAGCGAGCCCAGGAGAGGAAGAACGAGGAGCUGGAGGUGAUGGAGGUGGAGGACGAGGGGCGCUCCGGUGAGGAGUCCGAGUCCGAGUCUGAGUACGAGGAGUACACGGACAGCGAGGACGAGAUGGAGCCCCGCCUCAAGCCCGUCUUCAUCCGCAAGAAAGACCGGGUGACGGUACAAGAGCGGGAGGCCGAGGCGCUGAAGCAGAAGGAGCUGGAGCAGGAGGCCAAGCGGCUGGCGGAGGAGCGACGCAAGUACACGCUGAAGAUAGUGGAGGAGGAGACCAAGAAGGAGCUGGAGGAGAACAAGCGGUCGUUGGCGGCCCUGGACGCCCUCAACACCGACGACGAGAACGACGAGGAGGAGUACGAGGCCUGGAAAGUGCGGGAGCUGAAACGCAUCAAGCGGGACCGAGAGGACCGGGAAGCGAACGAGAAGGAGAAGGCGGAGAUCGAGCGCAUGCGCAACCUGACGGAGGAGGAGCGGCGGGCGGAACUGCGCGCCAACGGCAAAGUCAUCACCAACAAGGCCGUCAAGGGCAAAUACAAGUUCCUGCAGAAGUACUACCACCGUGGGGCCUUCUUCAUGGAUGAGGACGAGGAGGUCUACAAGAGGGACUUCAGCGCGCCCACCCUGGAGGACCACUUCAACAAGACCAUCCUGCCGAAAGUCAUGCAGGUGAAGAACUUCGGGCGUUCGGGCCGCACCAAGUACACCCAUCUGGUGGACCAGGACACCACCUCCUUCGACUCGGCCUGGGGCCAGGAGAGCGCCCAGAACACCAAGUUCUUCAAGCAGAAGGCAGCCGGGGUGCGGGACGUCUUCGAGCGGCCAUCGGCCAAGAAGAGGAAAGCCACCUAGAGCCCGGCCCACCGCCCCAAUCCUGGACACGCAGGCGGGCGCCGGCCCGCCCCCACAGCACUGCAGUCUGUCUGCCCCGUCUCCAACCUGGAGUGGACUGGGCCCAGCUGGGGUCCCUCGUGACUGUGUGGGUCAGCGGACCCCGGCACCCCUGUUCCCAGAGGGGAUGCCAGGUCCGGGCCCUCCGGGAAACCGGGCCCGGUGCGGCCUCUUCCCAGCUCCCGCUGCUUGGGGCUGGAGCCUCGGGAGAGCCACGGCGGUUGGGCCCAAGACCCCACCCCCAGGCCAGGAAACCUGAAAUUAUUAAGCGUCGUCUGUACAGUGACCCGGGAUGGAACCCCUAUUCUAUUAAACAGCGUUUGUACAA